AGCCGCCGAGGCUCGAAUCUGGAAGUCGCAAGUCGUCCUAGAGCCAGGCGGAAAAUCGCGCAAUCACAGCUUGAGAGCUCUUUGGCAUCAUCGUGCCCCCGCCCCCGUCCUCCUCCGCAGCCGCUGGUCGGCCCUGGCCGCUCUGGCCCCUCCGCGACAGGCACGGGCGCCCACGACGAUGUCGCAGUCCUCCUCGUCGGCAUCCACCAGUGGCCUCCACCGCUCCCGCCGCUCGUCGCUGAGCGAAGAGACCGCCAACAGCGGCCUCCGCCACUGGCCCGCCCACGCGCCGCCGCCGGGCGCCACCGUGGUCGAGACGGAUUCGGCCGCGACGACGUCGGAGUGCACCCCGUCGACCCCGGAGUGGGAGGCCUCGGACAGCGACAGCAAGCAGAUCAGUCAGCUCGACAACGAGGCUUAUCGGACCCACCUCACGCGCACGCAACGGCGCCGGAUGCAGCGCCGGCUGGCCAGAGAGGUCUUGUCGGCGGCGGCGCAGGCCGAGGAGGCCCCCGGCGGGCCGAGUCCGGUCACGCAGCAGCCCGCCGCGCAGCCCCAGAGACUACUGCGGCGGCUCCCGUCGACGGCAGCGGCGACGGGCUCGUCGUCGGCCGAGCCAGCGCUGGGCGCUGGGCAGCUCGCCGAGAGCGCGGCCGACGCGCGCCCCAGCACGAGGUUGUCGCUGUGAGCGCGCUGGCGGGGCAGCGGGGCCCCGAGCCGUCCGGAGGCCGAAGAGAGCGCUGGAGAGCAACUGCACGGGGUGGGCGAUGUUCGACGGGUGCGCGCGGGUAACGGGGUGUGCCGGUGCUAGACAGCAUUAAAGAACCUCCCGGACAGCAAAGGAGCAUUCUAGCACACCCACGCCGUGCAGGCACGGUGGCGAAUCAUAUUACUUGCGUUGUAUGCCGAUUGUGAUGUUUUGCGCCGUAGUGUGUGCGCUGUGUCCAUACGCCUGGAGACGUCUCCAGGCAUCCAGAUACAAAAUAGUGUCAGACUCCGGAGACUCGGCACCUCAGAGAAUAUCUUCUCGCCGCUCACAGUUUACUCCGGGGGGCCCCAGCCAGAGAGAUGACCAUCAAAGGAGCUUACCAUUUCACGUGUUCGCCAGAGCUGGUCGUUGUCGCAGGGCGCCGC